AUGAAGUUGCUCACUUCCAUCGCUCGCUACGUUGGUAUUGUUUCAAUAUCUAUACGCAUUGCACAAUCCCUGCCAUACCUUCCAGAGGAAGCAAACUGGAACCUCAAUCAAAAUCCGACAGCGACACACCCCCUCGACUACUCGGGCCAGUGGGAUGGCCACGCAUACAACCCUUCGCCAGAGAACUGGCGGUUCCCUUUUUACACCAUAUUUCUUGACAGAUUUGUAAAUGGUGACCCGAGUAACGAUAAUGCGAAUGGCACACAGUGGGAACAUAUCUUGACCUCCAACGAGUUCCGCCAUGGCGGCGACGUUCUUGGGUUAGUCGACACGUUCGAUUAUCUUCAGGGAAUGGGGAUUAAGGGCGUUUAUCUUGCUGGGACACCUUAUAUCAACUUCCCCUGGGCCGCGGACGGAUACUCCCCACUCGACCUGACUCUACUGGAUCAUCACUUCGGUACGAUCGAGGACUGGCGCACAAUGAUAUCAGAGGCGCAUCGACGGGGAAUUUAUGUUCUUUUUGAUAAUACCUUUGCAACAAUGGGCGAUCUUAUCGGUUUUCAGGGUUUCUUGAACAAAUCCGCCCCAAUCAAUCCCAACGAAUACGACUAUGUAUGGAAAUAUGAUCGGCGUUACUGGGACUUUCAACCUGGAAAUGAAGUUGAGAGCGAAUGCCUUUGGGAAUAUCCCCGAUUCUGGGAUGAUGAUGGCACCGGUCUGAUCACCACAACCCUUGGUCCUGAAUGUCGCAACAGUGAAUUCGAUCAGUAUGGGGAAGUUGCCGCCUUUGGAAAUUACACCGAGUGGGAAGGGCAGAUAGCCAAAUUCGCAUUUGUACAAGAUCGUCUUCGCGCAUGGCGGCCGGACGUGCUGGCCAAGAUCAAACACUUUUCGUGUCUAACUAUCACCAUGCUUGAUAUCGACGGAUUCCGCGUAGACAAAGCUCUGCAAGUUACCCUUGACUCUCUGGGAGAAUGGUCCGAGUAUAUGCGGGAUUGCGCCAAGCAGGUGGGAAAAGAAAACUUCUACAUUCCGGGGGAAAUUGUGGCCGGAAACUCUUUUGGCUCACUUUAUAUCGGUCGAGGUCAACAGACAAAUCAAACAAAAUCUAAUCUGACGGAAGCUUUCAUGAUGACGAACAAGACAGACGGAUCAGAAAAGGAUCUGUUCUUGAGACCUGCUGAGAGGUCCGCGUUGGACGGGGCGGCGUUCCACUACACGUUAUAUCGUGGUCUAAGCCGGUUUCUAGGUCUAGAUGGUACCUACACUGCCGAAGGCGACCCGCCAGUCAAAUUUGUGGAGACCUGGAAUGAUCUUGUGAAAACCAACGAUAUGGUCAACACGAACACCGGUGAAUUCGAUCCUCGUCACCUGUUUGGUGUCACGAAUCAGGAUGUCUUCAGGUGGCCAGGGAUCAAGAACGGGACUCAUAAGCAGAAUUUGGGUCUGUACGUCGCUUCACUGCUCAUGCCUGGAAUUCCCAUCCUCUCCUGGGGCGAGGAACAGGACUUUUACGUCCUGGACAACCAGGCUGACAACUAUGUCUUUGGUCGUGGACCCAUGACAUCUGCUCAGGCAUGGCAGAUGCAUGGAUGCUACAAGCUGGGGUCAUCAAAAUACAUUGACUUCCCGCUUGACCGCUCCCUGACUGGAUGUCAAGAUGAUUCCGUCAGUCUCGAUCACCGCGAUCCUUCUCACCCGGUACGAGGCCUCAUCAAGAUGAUGUUUGAGAUGCGUCAAAAUUAUCCUGCACUGAAUGAUGGCUGGUACUUGCAGCAAUUGUCAAAUCAGACGUAUGACAUUUACCUUCCAGGCAGUAAUGGGACACCUACUGAGACUGGAAUGUGGAAUGUCAUGAGGUCACGCUUUGCGAACACGCAGAAUUUUGAUGGUCAAGGCCAGGGGAAUCAAAGCGUCUGGCUGGUGUAUUCUAAUGACAACAAAACAGUCGAUCACCAGUUUAACUGCAGCAGCAAGGACGCUUUGAUCUCGCCAUUCUCUGUGGGAACAACGGUUAAAAACCUCUUUCCGCCAUUCGAGGAAAUGACCCUGACCAACAGCUCGACUACUCUUGGAUUCGAAGGGUCUAAAGUUCCCAACGGGUGUCAUCCCAACCUUACUAUGCCGGCGUGGGGCUUUAAAGCCUUUGUUCCGAAAGAUAAAUUCGUGCGGCCUUCCCCAUAUAUAACACGGUUCUCCCCGGGGCAUGACGCUCGACUUGUGUCCCAGGAAACAAGUGGGGAGGUAAUACGAAUUGCCUUCGAAUUCUCCCAGAAGAUGAAUUGCGAGGACAUUACCGACUCGCUGACGAUCACCUCAAAAGCACUUCACGACGAGAGUCCGCAGCUUGACACGACGUCGAUCUCUUGUCAAUCGAUUGAAGAGACUGAAGUUGUGACAUGGCCAGGGGCGCUUACUAGCAUUUUCAGAUACGAGGUAGACUUGGACAAUGUCUUUCCAGGUGUUCACAGAGUCACGCUUAGCAACGUGACUACAGCCGAUGGAAAUCAAUCCACAGGUUCCGUCGACCACUUUCUUUUCCGUAUCGGACAGAUAAAUAAUCCGAUGGUUUGGCCACAGUUGGCCAACUACAGCAGAACACUACUGUUCGACAACCCGUCCUCCGAGACUGACCCCUUAUCAGUAUUGCCACAGGCCCCUGGUGCAGACUUGUGGCGAUACUCAUUGGAUUUUGGAGCCACUUUCAGUGCCUGGAUGACCUACACCGGCUUCAACACGUCAAUCCCCGGCAAAGACUGGAGCGGCACUGCGAAGCAGGCCUGGGAAGGAGAGCAUAUCCUUGCCCAAUACUGGAGCAAGUUAACAGGAAGUAGUGCUCACUGGCAGCAUGGAGACACGCAAUGGGCAUACAAGCCCCCACGUCGUUUCCCAAACCUAUUCAUCGAGGGCGAGUUCAAUCAGUUUGGAUAUGACGCUGGCUAUUCCAACAAGAUGGCUCUUAGUAACGAAACUGGCGCAUGGGAAAUCCACUUUAUGGGCGAAUGGCCCGUGCAGGUCGCAUUCAAUGCCUGGGGAUUAAACGAAGACGGCCUGCCCGACCAGACACAGGUAUUUGGAGACAUUGAUGGAGACAAUGUUUUGGAUCAAGUCCCUCCAGUCACACUGCUGAGCAAUGUAUUCAACGUCACCAUCCCGCCCCCUUCACCCUAUCUUGCCUUCAAGCUGUCUGUGGAUGACGGCAACCUAAAGGUCUACGCUACGCCCACUGGGUCCAGGUGGGUUCAGCUGGCCAUCUUUAUCGUGCUAGCGAUUGUGCCUGUUACCACUGCUAUAGGUGCGGUGUAUAUUUACCUGAAGGCAUUUUACCAGGUCAAAUUCAACCAAAUCGGUGUCACAGAGAAAAGAUCAAGCUUGGCCCCACUAGCGAGCGUCUUUCAAAAGGUGGCCCAUCGAUCUAAUGACAGAGAAUCCAAUCCCAGACUUACCCUCACCCAUGUGGACCCGUUCCCAUCUGGGAGUGAAGGCGUCCUCGCUGCCACGGUUAACACCCGUCGACGAACAGUGCUCAUUGCAACAAUGGAAUACGAUAUUGAAGACUGGGGCAUUAAAAUCAAAAUUGGUGGGCUCGGUGUGAUGGCCCAGCUAGUGGGGAAACAUUUGACCCAGCAUGAUCUCAUAUGGGUGGUGCCUUGUGUUGGUGGUGUUGACUACCCCAAAGACGAUCCCCGUGAGCCGAUGGUGAUCACAAUUCUUGGGAAUCAGUACCAAGUAGAUGUCCAGUAUCAUCGGUUGCAGAACAUCACGUACGUCUUAUUGGACGCGCCUGUAUUCCGAGCUCAGUCCAAAUCAGAGCCGUACCCUGCCCGCAUGGAUGACCUGGACUCGGCUAUAUUCUACUCGAGUUGGAAUCAAUGCAUUGCCGAAGCCAUCAGGAGAUUUCCGACAAUCGACCUUUAUCACAUCAAUGAUUACCAUGGCGGCGCUGCCCCUCUCUAUCUUCUACCUCAAACUAUUCCAUGCUGCUUGUCUCUGCACAAUGCCGAGUUCCAAGGACUCUGGCCAAUGAAAACCCAAAAGCAAAUUCAAGAGGUUUGCAGUGUCUACAAUCUUGACCAUUCAUUGGUGAAGAAAUAUGUACAAUUUGGCGAAGUGUUUAAUCUGCUUCAUGGAGCUGCAAACUAUCUGAAAAUUCACCAAAACGGAUUCGGCGCUGUCGGCGUCUCCAAAAAAUAUGGCAAGAGAUCGUACGCCAGAUAUCCGAUUUUCUGGGGUCUCAAGGACAUUGAAGCGCUACCAAAUCCCGAUCCAUCUGACACUGCUGAGUGGGAUCACCAUGCAAACAACAAUCUUGAAGACGUUGUCAUCGAUGCAGAGUUUGAGGCCAGUCGUGCAACACUGAAGAGACAAGCACAAGAAUGGGCAGGGCUCAAAGUUGAUCCAGAGGCCCAGCUGUUCGUUUUUGUCGGUCGUUGGUCAAUGCAAAAGGGGGUUGAUCUGAUUGCAGACAUCUUCCCCUCCAUUCUAGACGCUCACUCGGAAGUCCAGUUGAUGUGCAUUGGUCCAGUCAUUGAUCUCUAUGGAAGAUUUGCCGCGUUGAAACUGAAUCGUCUCAUAGAGCUCUACCCUGGGCGGGUCUAUUCCAAACCAGAGUUCACUGCACUACCGCCCUUCAUAUUCAGUGGCGCUGAGUUCGCCUUGAUUCCUUCGCGUGAUGAACCGUUUGGUCUGGUGGCCGUGGAAUUCGGACGGAAAGGAGCAUUGGGCGUGGGAUCACGUGUUGGUGGCCUUGGGCAAAUGCCAGGAUGGUGGUUCACAAUUGAGUCUAUGACAACCAAACAUUUGAUCCAACAGUUCAAGAUGGCCAUCAACGACGCUCUGAAAUCCUCCCAGGAAACACGGGCGCUCAUGCGUGCACGAUCCAGCAAGCAGCGCUUCCCCGUAGCACAGUGGGUUGAGGAUCUAGAAAUCCUACAGGCCACCUCAAUCGAAAAGCACGUCAAGUACUCCAAGCACCGCGAUCGCAGUUCAUGGAGGUUUUCAAGUGGCAGCACCUUUGUCACAGAAAGCAUUCGCAUAGUCUCAUCGAGCUCGAAAAGCAGUCGCGAACAGAGCCGAUCACGCGGCUCCACCGUGUCUGGUCCGCCAAGCAGGCCAAUUACGUCUGAUAUGAGACUGUCUGUACCUCGACCAGAUUUUAACAACGUCCUCUCACCGACAAAUCCAUCUUCCAAUCAGGAGAUGUCAGACAAUGAGCCCAGUUCUGACAAUGACCCAAGACACAGGCCCUUGUCCUCCGACUCUUUUGCAGAUUCGCGAAUCGUCUACUCUGCGGUAAACGAUGAAGAAAAUCCUGAGCUCCUUCCUGGGGCCAUUCAAGAGGAUGGCAGUAUUAGUGCCUCGCCAUUUGGGACACCUUCUGUUUAUUUUGCUCAAUCUGGUACCAGCACACCAAUUCUCAGUGCACAGUUAGAAGACGGUCUACCGGGCCGAAGAGAUUUAAGGGAAUCCAUGAUGAGUCUAGUCAGCGUCGAUGGUAUAGUAAAGGAGAAACAAGACUUCAACCUUCAAAAGGUUGAUCCAUUCUUCACGGAUGUGAAUAACGAGUAUGCGGAUAAGUUUGAGAAGAAGCUUGCGGACCUGAAUGGCAAAAACUCUCAAGACCAGCUCUGCAUCGAAGAAUUUCUCCAGAAGAGCCAAAAGGACUGGUUCAAUCGAUACCGCGAUGUCAAACUUGGCAAGUCACCUAUCCCUUCUCCUGCUCCCUCUGUCUUUCGCAUCAAGGUUCGUGAAACUGGUCAACCAGAGAGCCCGCCAAGUACUGGCUCAGGUGCGGACCCAAACACCGAGCAGUUCUCUCUCCCAAGUUACUAUGUUCCGCCCAAGGGCUUGAAGCGUUUCAUGUUGAUGAAGCUGGGCGAUUGGCCUAUGUACUCCAUCUUCCUCGCAAUUGGUCAAAUUCUCGCCUUGAACUCAUACCAGAUCACACUUUUGAAUGGUGAAAUUGGAGAGACGGCCGAGAAGCUAUACAUUCUGGCAUCCAUCUAUCUUGCCUCAUCGAUCAUAUGGUGGAUGGUCUUCCGUUUAGUCCCCUCAGUCUAUGUGUUGACGAUUCCUUUCUUGAUAUAUGGAUUUGCCUUUCUGUUUGUCGGUCUUGCUGCCAUCCCUAACGGCGCUAGUCGAACAUGGCUACAAAACGUGGGGAUCGGCUUGUAUUCGUUUGCGUCUUCGAGUGGUUCGAUUUUCUUCGCCCUCAACUUUGGAGAUGAAGGUGGAGCGCCUCUGAAGUCUUGGAUUUAUAGAGCCACUGUCAUCCAGGGCACUCAGCAACUGUUUAUCAGCUUCCUUUGGUACUGGGGGAGCUGGAUGGCAGCUCUCAAUCAAAAGGGUAGCUCCCAAUUCAGCCUUGUCAUGACCAAUCCAGGUGCUUUGCUUGGGAUCGGACUCGGACUUGCCUCUCUUUUGUGGCUGUUGGGAGCCCUGGUCUUCUUUGGACUACCUUCAUAUUAUAGACAAACACCAGGUCAAGUGCCGACAUUCUACCUAUCGCUCUUUCGUCGUCGCAUAAUCCUUUGGUUUUUCUACAUGGUCUUCAUAUCAAAUUACUGGCUGUCGGCACCUUACGGGCGAAACUGGCUCUAUCUCUGGUCUAGCAAGCAUGCAGACGUGUGGCAAAUCGUGCUCCUUAUCCUCUUCUUUUUCAUCAUUGUCUGGGCGGCAGCUCUCUGGGUGUUUCACGUUUUCUCCAAGAGACACGCCUGGUUUAUCCCGAUCUUUGCCGUUGGCCUGGGUGCUCCUCGCUGGGCCCAGAUCCUGUGGGCAACCUCCAAUAUAGGCAUGUACAUUCCCUGGGCUGGUGGUCCCGUAGCCGGGGCUAUUCUUGGUAGAGCAUUAUGGCUCUGGCUAGGAGUUUUGGAUUCCCUUCAGGGUGUCGGAUUUGGAAUGAUACUCCUCCACACAAUGACUCGAUUCCACGUCACCUUCACACUUCUAGCCGCACAGGUGGUCGGCUCUAUAGCAACUAUCCUCGCCCGCGCGACAGCACCGGAUAAGUUAGGCCCUGGUGAUGUUUUCCCUGAUUUCUCCGCUGGCAUCGUAGCCGGUUUGGAAAAGGCAGACUUCUGGGUAUGCCUUCUCUUCAUGCUAUCCAUCAACGUGCUCUGCAUCUUCUUCUAUCGCAAGGAACAACUCGCGAAACCUUGA